CUGAACAUUUACAAUAAAAUACUGAACAUUUAAUUUGUUGCGAAAUUUACAUCAUAUACAUAUGAACAUACAUGUCACGUUAUUUUUACGUUAUGUGUUUAUGCCAUUUCUAGGAGGUACAACUCUCACUCACAGUGAAUGAUGAGUAAUGAUCACUCAUUGCUCAUAUAAGUGUGAGCGAAUUUUCUUGACCAAGUGAAGUGUGGAUGUGAAUAUGCAUAGAUUGCAGGAAACUGUUGUCAAUGUGGAUGUCAACAUUGAUAUAAUUCUUUAUGCACACUCAGAUUCGCCUACACUCACUCAUAUGGACAUCUGAUUUGGCAUUCUCUUCUCCUAUAUCAAUCAACUGAGAGCAGUCAUUCCGAUUUCCAUUCUCUUUUAUGAUUCUUAAGAAGAAUACAACAACAAUAAGAAACACCUAUGUCUGACUCACGUAGAGGAAAAAGAAAUAAAAAUAUUUUUCUUCUAGAUCCCACCGAUUGUAUUACCACUGAUUUCUCUUAAUUAUGAUUUUUCAUUAGAAAAUAAUAGUCAACUUCAACCAACCUCUAAUUUAAUAUUUCAAUCAAUUACUCGACGUUCAACAAAUGAAAAUACUGAUAUGGAAAAUUUAGAAAUACUUGGCUCUGCUCACUGCUGUACAAAGAUGCAUGAAUAG